AUGACGGCAGCACAGACGGUAGCACAGGCCGACGAGGCCAUCAAGGCUGGAAACAAUCAGGAGGGAGAGCGAAUUCUCAAAUCCAUCCUCUCGAACCAAACGUCUCCGACCGACGACACGCAGCUCAAGGAGCAAGAGGCAGCGCUGCUCCGCCUCGGCCAGCUCUACCGUGACACUAAGAAUGCGGAUGCACUUGCAGAGACCGUGCGUUCGUCACGCACCUUCAUGAGCUCCAUCGCCAAAGCCAAGACGGCCAAGCUGGUGCGCACGCUCAUCGACUACUUUGAAGGCAUCCCCGGCAGCCAGCAGACGCAGAUCCAGGUUGCCAAGGAAAACACAGAGUGGGCCAAGUCGGAGAAGCGAAUCUUCCUCAAGCAGAACCUCGAGACCAAGCUCAUCGGCCUCUACUUUGAGAACAAAAACUACCGCGAGGCGCUGCCGCUCAUCGACACAUUGCUGCGCGAGCUCAAGAAGCUCGACGACAAGAUGAUCCUCACCGAAGUGCACCUGCUCGAGUCCAAGGUGAACCACGCCAUCUCCAACCUGCCCAAAGCAAAGGCUGCACUCACCUCGGCGAGAACCGCCGCCAACUCGAUCUACUGUCCACCAACGUUGCAAGCACAGCUCGACAUGCAGGCCGGUGUACUGCAUGCAGAGGACAAAGACUACACCACCGCCUACUCGUACUUUUUCGAAACGCUCGAAGGGUUUGCACUGCAAGACGACCCCCGCGCACCGCUCGCGCUCAAGUACAUGCUGCUGUGUAAGAUCAUGCUGAAUCUUUCAGACGAUGUCAACAGCAUCAUCAGCGGCAAGCACGCCGCCAAAUACGCUGGACGGGACGUCGAGGCAAUGAAGGCCGUCGCCCAGGCGCACGAGGACAGGAGUCUGGAGGGUUUCGAGCUGGCGUUGAGGACGUACAAGGACGAAUUGUCGAACGACCCGAUUGUCAAGAACCACCUUUCGGCGCUGUACGAUACGCUGCUAGAGCAGAACCUGCUCAGAGUGAUUGAGCCGUACUCGCGCGUCGAGAUCGCGCACAUCGCCAAAGAGGUGAGGCAGCCCGUACGCGAGGUCGAACUCAAGUUGAGCCAGAUGAUCCUCGACAAGGUGUUCCACGGCAUCUUGGAUCAAGGUGCCGGCUGUCUCGUGGUGUACGAGCAGCCAGUAGAAGACAAAACGUACCAAGUGACGUUGGACACUCUCAAGCACGUAGGCAACGUCAUCGACUCGCUCUACAAGAAGGCUAACAAGCUCGCAUAG